AUGGCUCACUUCGCGCUGGCGAAAAUACUCAAUGGUAUAAUAUCCUUUCGGGAGUUGGCAUCUUCGAAUUUGUCUUUCAACGAGGGCGCUGUCUCCGUUCUUCUGCGCCAGGCGGCAUGGGAACUUGGCUCCCGUAAUUCUGAUUCGAUUAGGAGGGUUGCUCACAAAGUUCUCGAAGAUGAGAGUUUUGUUAGUCGGCUAAUAGCUACGCUGGAACACCGCCUGAAUUCAAUUAGGUCGAACUGGAAAGAACAGGAAACCCUCUCUACUCUUGUAACUCUUGCUCUCCGUGCGUUAUCUCUGAGUGAAGAUCCUGAAAUCAUUGACGAUGCGAUUAGCUUCCUUCGCGAUGCGAGAGAAGUCGCGUACCUUUGGUGCGAGAAACUCUCCGAGUUGUUGAAUUCGACCGAAGGUUCUGACAACGAUAGCUAUCAACAUCGGAUUCUUCUGGCAAGUGCCAUUUGUCAAAGAACAUAUGAUGUUGAAGCAAAUCACAUGGAUAAUUUGCUUUCUACUGCGCUAGAUACGGAAAGAUUGGUCCGGUCAUCCGUUAUUUUCUAUGAAACUUCACCAAGCGAGUCAGACGGGACUGCUGCAACUGAAUUACGGGAAACUUUAUUGCACGGGCGAAGAAUUCUCCAUAGGGUGGAAAAGCGGUUGCGUGAACUUAUACGCAACGAUCCGUCUGGUAUGAAUGCCGCUAUUGGAACAAGUAUGGAAGGUGUUACACUACUAGGUCAAUGGCAAUUUAUCGCCGCCGACUCUGAAAUAGCGUACAAAACCCUUGGGGAAGAUACCCAGACUAGCAAGCGGAUCAUUAGAUAUGAUUUGCUCACGGGUGAACUGCUGAUCAAUGGCCAUCCUCCGGGCAGACUCCCCAAGAGAUAUACAAACACUAACCUGUAUCGAAUGAUGUUCAAUGCGGGACUUUUGACGGUAAUUCCAUCUGAUCUGCCAGGCGCCGUGUACGCGGCUACGAAAAAAUUCGGCGAAUAUGAGCUCCAUUUUGGCUUCCAUGAAGGAGUAUUGCGUAUCACGGCACGGUCUUCAGACCAGUUGCUCCAGUUAGUUCCGCGAGACCGGUUGGAACGCGAUUUUCCGCGCUCACUCGUCGACAACUAUUACCACUGGUUGGAUCCAAGCACCGGGGUCGUCGAGUUUCGACCCAUUGCCGACAAGUGGAAUCCAUCCAAAGAUAACUGGCAUCUUAGCCUUGACCUCCAUUCACCAGAAAACUGUGCCAUGAGGCGUGGGGAUAUAACGCUUGUUGACAUAAACAGCAAGCUCUACCAGCAGAUUGCAGAAAUCUUGGCUAGACUAGAUUCCAGUGAACAUGUUCAUGUUACAAAGUUAGCCAACGGCUACAUCGAAGCAGAAUUAGUCCGUCUAAAGUUACGGCUGUUUGUCAAUGACGAGGGCCUGUUGGAAUGCAGAGAGCUCAAAGCGAUAGUCGAUCUUGACCAAGAUAUCGGAUGUCUCCACCGCCUGUAUCGCAAACUGGUUUUGAAGAGCUUCGAUAGCAAGGAUGCAAUUCGCCGUAGCGUCGUGAUACCCUACGGUGAAGUUAGCAUCUUGCCAAGUAGCCACGGAGCCCAAGUCUUCGUUGAGCUUCCCCCGGCCGAAUGCAAGCGUGUGAGAUAUUUUCGAUAUUGGCUCAACGAUCAUUUGCGAACUCUUCAAGGCCCACAUGAUAUGCUCGCCACUCUUUAUCAGUGCUAUCUACAUGCCGUCACCGGAUAUGUGCUACCAGAUCCAUUCACAGGAAGGUUAGGCACUGACGAAGCGCUUCGGGGUUUGCGCCAACAACGCCUAUUUACAUCGAUGGCACUGGAUACUGAUUGUAUAUUAAUUCUGAAAAAGAUUUCUGAGCUUACACCUAGCCGCCACCUACAUCCAAAGAACUUGAGAGUGAUGCAGACUGUCACUUGGAAUCUUCAUCUGAGCCAAAUUUUGCAGCACGACGAUUUUCACCCAGCAGCAACCGCCAUAAAAGACCACGCGUCAAAAUUUUCCGCGUUUAGGAAGGACACGGAGUCUGCAGAACAACUAGGCGAACAUGGCGAUCAACUUCUGAUGUCAAGAGCUCGUGUUAUCAAUUCUAGAUGGAGAGUGCCCGAUUUCGGUGGGAGUUUGGCGCCGCCUCGUGAUGAACGACCAACCGGUGAGCCCCGGGAUCGGGAUUAUCAAAAUGAUCGCGCUCAACGAGUCUAUGAAAUUGCUGUUCUGAUUCGCGAUUGGCCGUCAAAAGUGCACCACCUUGAUAUAUAUGAUCAAGCAAAGGGUUGGACAUGGGCAUCCGCAAAACCAUUUGAUGGGACGUGCCUUGGAGAGUAUGAUCUUUCCAUUUCAGAUUCUUUUGGCUCGUUAUACGACUUUUGUCGCAACGCGAGCCGAGAUGAUACUUUCAAAUUGAUGUCCAGAUUCUGUAUGAUCACUUAUGGCGGUAAAAUAAAUGUUGGGUUGCUCCGAAGCUUUCUUGCGAUUGCUUUUUCAGGCCGAUUCAGAGACCUCCCGAUUCCCAGGUAUCCAGGAAGGGAGUCCUUAUAUCGUCCUAACUCGUGGAGAGUCGCUGGACAAGGGUGA